CGUUUGUUGUUUGUUUAUAUUUGAAUGUUGGUGUCACUGUGGUAUAUUUGCACGAUCAAAAUAUGGGUUAUGCAGUACACAAAUGUGUUCCACAGAUUUUUUAUUUGUAGGGAACUUUGGAAAAUCGGCGUAAACUUAUCUUUACAUAGAGCACUGCUGGGUCAUCAUGUCGCUCAACAAGUUUAUGCAUCCCAGAAAUAUCUACAAAAAUCCUCCAAAUUUUAAAGAGCUGGCGAUAUUAUAUCCAGAUUUUCGGAAACAUGCGAAGCAGGAUGUCGCAGGAAAAGUUUCAAUUAACUUCCAAGACCAGGAAGCUCUUCGUGCACUUACAACGGCGUUGUUAAAGAAAGAUUUUGGGCUGGAAGUGAAGAUUCCAAGUGGUCGCCUUGUGCCAACAUUACCACUUCGCCUUAACUAUUUACUAUGGAUUGAAGAUUUGUUAGCACUCUGUGAUGGAAACCAAGAGAAGUCAGUUUGUGGCAUAGACAUAGGCACUGGAGCAUCAUGUAUUUAUCCCCUCUUAGCUGCAAAAAAGAAUGGUUGGCAUAUGAUUGCAUCAGAGACGGAUCACGAGAGUGCAAAUGCAGCCAAAAUUAAUGUGGAAAACAACAAUCUUCAGGAACUGAUAAAAGUACAGCUGGUUGACCAAGGUAAAAUACUCACACCGCUUGUGGGAAAGGAAGAAAAAUAUGAUUUCUGUAUGUGCAACCCUCCAUUCUUCAAGAAUGAAGAACAACUUGAUCAGAAGAAAAAGUCACGAACUGCUGAGCGCCCACCUCCACGUAAUGCCUGGACAGGAUCUAUUGAUGAGGUGGUUACUCCUGGUGGUGAAAUAGGUCUCAUUAGUAAGAUUGUGGAGGAGAGUCUACAGCUCAGGAACAGCAUCAGGAUAUACACCACCAUGGUUGGAGUUAAAUCUGAUCUUCAACCUUUGAAAGAAGAAUUGCUCAGACAUGGUAUAACAAAUGCAGCUACCACUGAAUUUUGCCAAGGGCGUACAACCCGCUGGGGUUUAGCUUGGAGCUUUAAUGAUCAACCAAAUCUCAUGGAGGCAUGUGGGAAACACAGCCAUAAGAAGAUAAAGCCCAUGUCCUAUGUUGUGCCAUGCACAAAUGAACCCAAUGGCUACACUGUAGAUUGUAUUUGUGAGAAAGUAAAGGAGCUACUUGGCAGACUACAGGUAAAAUGCAAAGAACUCAAGCAUUCAUUAAAUGCAAAGGUUAUGACAGUAUCUGCAGCACAGAAUACAUGGACACACCAGAGAAGGCAGCGGAGGAAACUGCAGAAGAACCUGAAGAUGAAUCCUGAUGGUACAGAAAGAGAAAGUGAUGAAAUUGUGUCACCUGCAGUUGAAACUUCUUCAGAAAUGCCGUUGCAUGAUACAAAAUCAACAACUGAGUCUAACAUUGGUGGCACUAUGAAACUGUCAGAUGAAACAAAAGAGGUAUCCCUAGGCAGAGUGGGCAGUUAUGUGCAGUCGGAGGCAAAGAUGCAGUUUCAGUCUAAGAGAAGAGAAGUGGAAGAGCACAGUGCAGACCUAGAACCAUCUGUUAAGAAAAUCAAAACUGAGAAACUAUUGGAUGAUGCAAUGGAGAAAGAUAAAAAUGCAGUAACACAGAGUGACAAAAAUGCUGAUACAUCAAAAGUUUCACCUGUUUUAAAUGCUACACUAAUUGUGAGAAAAGAAACAGAUAAAAUUCUGAUUGAAAUGACCUAUAUUGAUGGGAGUAGUGGGAAAGAUGGUGUGCAUCAAGUAUUACAGUACAUCAGAAACAACUUGAAGUAAUUUGUAUCCCCAUCAUUCAUUGUGCAACAUCCCAUCAUCUUUUUAAUUGAAUUGUUUCCAUGAA